AUGAUUUGCUCAUUUGGUAAAAUUGUGAAGGAAUUAAGUUUCAACUUCAACAACUAUAAUGUUGGAUCUCAUGUUAUGAAGUGUCUAAACAAAGAUAUUAUGCUAGAGAAGAAUUUGGUAAACCAAGGAUUUGAUCCUAUCACGGCAAAUGUUCUUGCAGAGAAGAUCAAUGCUUUAAAGGCCUUAAAGACGUACGAGAGGCAAGAAGACAAUUCAGUCGAGCAGGCCGAGCUUCGAGAAUAUAUAAUGAAGACUGUGCUGCAUAGGCAAUAUCAGGAUGAGGCUGUAGAAGCAGUCAGAGUCUCUCUUUUCGGUCCAACAAAGUUCUUUGACAGAAGAGCUGCUGAUCGGGAAGGCGUAGAAAAAAUGGGCUUUGACAGGAGAAGAGUUGUCGCUAAACGGGAAUGCAUAAAGAAAAUGUUUCAUCUUUUCGAGGUACAAUGUGGUUAUCCAUUGGUACAAAACAGCAAUCUCUUGGGAUUAUUUUCAUCCAUUUGCGAAGCGGGCUUCUCAAGAGUUGCUGUGAUAAAAGCUUUUAUGGCUGCUUGCAAGGGGCGUAAACAUGAUGCGUGGCAUAAGCUGGAUGAGGAGUAUUAUAACCUGGGCAAUAGUGCUUGA